UUUAAUUCAAUGAAAUCACCUGGCGCACUUCAGUCUUCCACAGUUAGCCUUAAGAAUAAGGUGCGCGCUGUGCAGUGAGCGGUUCGCCUCCUUUCCAUUUUUGAAGUGCCGCGCCGCCAAAAGAGAUUACGUGACAAUUUCGCAAUCGCAAAUCGUUCCGGCCUAGUUUUGCGUAAUUGCAAAUUGUUUAGGUACCAGAGGGCGAUCCCGAAAUAUUAUUUAGGUCAAAUUUGUUACUGGCGCGCGUUAUUAUUUUUUCAGUGAAAGGUGGUCAGCCUUGUCGCAUUUUUUAAAGUUCGCGAAUUGCAAAGCGCCCAAACAUGCAUCACCAUCACCAGCACGAUCACGUGGAGGAAUUUCACGAGAAAAAUUCGAAUUUACUCACGGCCAAGGUGGUCUCGAUGGCCGUACUCGGAAUCGCCUCGUUCAUCGUAGGCGUGCUGCCGCUCAAAUUGACCAAGAUGGUAAACAUCAAAACGGCGGACAAAGACAAUAAUUUAGUGAUCUCACUUUUGCUGUGUUUCGGUGGCGGCGUCCUCCUGUUCACCACCUUUCUGCAUUUGCAGCCGGAAGUGCGCGAAAGUCUGGCGCACUUGGAGGCGGAGAAUAGGAUCCCGAUCAUCGGGCCCGGGAUUCCCGUAUCGGAACUAAUCUUCUGCCUCGGCUUCUUCUUCGUGUACCUGAUCGAGGAGAUAGCCCACUUGAUUCUGCAUAAGAAAAUGGAUCGGAGCGCGCCGCUCCAUCGGUCACUGUCGGUGAAGUGCAAGAAGGAAAACAUGACCAUACCGAGGGUGAGCCUCAACAAGCUGGAGGGUAGCAAUGUGAGCUACAUCUCGAAUUCGACCAAGGAGCUUUUCAAUUCCCAGACGAAUCUGAGCCACAGCAGUAGUAGCCAUAACGGCCACAGUCACAUUCACGUGGAAAGUUCGAUGAAGAACUCGUUUCGUGGUCUCCUGGCCGUUUUGGCACUGAGCUUUCACGCGGUCUUCGAAGGGCUGGCGGUUGGGCUAGAAAACGACGUCCAAAAGGUUUGGUACUUGUUCGCCGCCAUCGCCACCCACAAACUGGUGAUAGCGUUUUGCGUUGGCGUGGAGUUGGCAGUUUCUCAUACCAAAGCAGUAUUACUCAUUAUUUACAUAGGAACGUUCGCCCUCGUCUCACCUUUAGGAAUCGGGGUGGGAAUCGCGCUCAGUGAGAGCGGAGAUGGUACCGAGGAAGGUGUCGUCUCGGUAAUUUUGCAAGGGAUGGCCGCCGGCACGCUGCUCUACGUCGUCUUCUUCGAGGUGCUGGCGAGGGAGCGUAGCAAUCAACACAGCGGAAUUUGGCAACUGGUCGCCAUCAUCGCCGGCUUCGGCAUUAUGUUCGGUUUACAGUUUGUCACUGGACACGACCACAGUCACGGAGACUCACAUUCCGAUAAGGGACAGCUCUUAACUCUAUCAAAUGUUUAACAUCUUUUGGCCAUAUUUAAGAUACCUAUAAAUAAGAUUAAACGAGAAUCUAAAAUUAUAUAUUAUAUUUUUUGUAUAAAGUAUACAGUAAUUUAUUUAUAACGUAUCCUAAACGUGAGCCAAUAAAGUCUUGGCAAGAGGCUGUUAAGUAUAAGUGCGCAGAAAUUAAGUAGUAUUUAUUAAGUUGUAUUAAUACUAUUGUAUUUAUUAUCUAUUUUUGUUAUAUGAAAUGUUAAUGUAAAUAAUACACCAAAAAAAGUU